AUGCAACACCAGCUCUGUGCCUUCCACAGCAAUCCACAAACAUGGCCUAAGAGAGAACACCUGACUCCUGACCACCCACUCCCAUCGUCCACUCCUCACCUCGAGUGUAAACCUGGGCUUCUGUGGCUCCUGCUCAUUCUGGUCAGCCUCGUCCCGUCUAGGUCUCACGCUGCUGCCGUCUUCAGGGUAGGAGUCGUGGGACCUUGGAAUUGUGACCCCAUAUUUGCCAAGACCAUGCCAGCUGCUGCUGCCCAGCUCGCGGUCAGUAGGAUUAAUCAGGACGCCUUGCUUUCGAAGAUUGCCACCUUUGACUAUGUGAUUCUGGAGGAGGAUUGUGAGACGUCCCGCGCUCUGGGUCGCUUCCUGCACUAUUACACACGGGCCGCAGCCUUCAUCGGGCCUGCCAACCCUGGUUACUGGGACGCCGCCUCACUACUGGGCAAAAACUGGGGCAAGGCCAUGUUUUCUUGGGCAUGUGUGGGGAGUGAGUUGGACGAGCUCCGUAGGCAUCCCAACUUUGCCUGCACCGUGCCACUACCCACACUCGUGCUGUUGAGCGUCAUGCGCCAUUUCCGCUGGGCGCACGUUGGCAUCAUCUCGUCUGCAGAUGAUAUUUGGGUAGAGACGGCCAGUAAGUUGGCUAAUGCCUUGCGCGGACAUGGCUUGCCCGUAGGUAUUGUCGCAUCUGUGGGCAAUGACCCUGACAGCAUGCGCAAGACCUUGGCCAAGGUCAAGAAAAUGGAGGAACUACGGAUGGUGGUGCUCUGCAUGCACUCUGUCCUGAUUGGUGGCCAGGUCCAGAAGCUCGUGCUGGAGACAGCUCACGACAUGCGUCUGACCGACGGCUCUCUGAUGUUUGUACCCUAUGACACGCUGCUCUACAGCCUACCCUACAUGGACGUGCCUCAUCCCGCACUGCGCAACAACAGCAAACUGCUGCGUGCCUACGACGCAGUGCUGACUAUCACCGUGCAAUCCCAGCAGCACUCCUUCUAUCAAGCCUAUCAGCAGGCUGUGGAUUCGGGGGAGCUUCCCUCCAACAUCAAACCUCAGCAGGUCUCCCCACUGUUUGGGACCAUCUAUAACUCUAUCCUGUACCUGGCCUAUACCAUGAAACACAUGAGGGACUCAGGAAAGCGCAUAUAUGGGGGAAACCUGGUCAGUCAUGCUCGCAGCGUGUCUUUCCAGGGUUUCAGUCACCCAGUCCGGAGUAGUACCUCCGGGGCGGGGCUGCUGGACUUUGUGAUUCUGGACACAGAUGGGCUGUCGUGGGAGCUGCGCCCAACACACAGGGUAGAGAUGGAGCUGGACAUGGUACGGUAUCUGGGCAAGCCCAUUCACUUCCCCAACGGAGUGGCCCCUAAGACAGACGCCGGCUGCUGGUUCACACACAGCAUCAUUUGCUCAGCAGGUGUGGAUCCUUUUGCUGCAGUCAUCAUGGCAGUGUUCACGUUUCUGGUAUUCCUCUGCUUUGCUGGGAUCUACUACUUUAUUAGGAGAAAAAUUAGUCAAAUUAGUUUGGUCAGAGGCCCCAAUAGGAUCUUGCUGACCCUGGAUGAUGUUACUUUUAUUAACCCAUCUCUAAGCAACAAGAAAUUCAGUAUUCAGGAUGACAGCAGGGCCAAUAGCGUGAGGAAGAGCAGUUCUGACCGAAGCUUAAAGUCGCACUUCUCCUCCCAGUCACCUGCCACAUACGAGAACUCCAAUGUGGCUGUCUAUGAGGGCGACUGGGCCUGGCUGAAAAGACUCCCACAUGGAGAGUUCAAGACCAUUACCCCUGGAACCAGUGAUGUGUUUGGGGUGAUGAAGGAGUUAAGACAUGAGAAUGUCAAUUCUUUUCUGGGUUUCUUCCACGACUGUGGAGUCUUUGCCAUCAUGACAGAGUUCUGCACCCGUGGAAGCCUGGAAGACUUGCUCAUCAACGAUGAUGUUCCACUUGACUGGAUGUUCAAAUCCUCUCUGAUAAUGGACCUCAUAAAGGGCAUGAAGUAUUUACACCACAAGAAUGUUUGUCACGGCCGACUAAAGUCAAGGAACUGCCUUGUUGAUGGACACUUUGUACUUAAAGUCACAGACUAUGGCUACAAAGAGGUGUUGGAGGCACAGAAGUUCCCUUAUGAAGAACCACCUGCUGAGGACCUUCUUUGGACUGCUCCUGAGAUCCUACGGGGUCCCUCUCCAGGCCAUCAUGGCAGUUUCCCAGGCGACGUGUACAGCUUUGCCAUCAUAACACAGGAAGUAGUGAUGCGUGGACUGCCAUACUGCAUGUUGGAGCUAUCUGCUGAAGAUAUCGUUGAGAGGAUCCGGAGGCCUCCGCCACUGUGCCGGCCUGAAGUGACCAGUGGAUACGCCCCUGUGGAGUGUAUCCAGUUAAUGAAACAAUGCUGGUCUGAGGAACCUGAUAAACGACCAACCUUUGGGCAGGUAUUUGAUCAGUUUAAGAACAUAAACAAAGGAAAAAAGACAAAUAUAAUAGACUCCAUGUUGAGGAUGCUGGAGCAGUAUUCCUCUAACCUGGAAGAACUUAUUAGAGACAGGACUGCGGAAUUGGAGGUUGAAAAACUGAAGACAGAGAAACUUCUGACUCAGAUGCUUCCUCCGUCAGUGGCAGAGUCCUUGAAGCUGGGCUAUGUGGAACCUGAGCACUUUGACAGUGUGUCUGUAUACUUCAGUGACAUUGUGGGUUUCACAACCAUCUCAGCCAACCUUGAGCCGAUUGAGGUGGUGGAAGUUCUCAACGAUCUCUACUCGCUGUUUGAUGCUGUCAUUGCCAAUCAUGACGUCUAUAAAGUGGAGACCAUUGGUGACGCCUACAUGGUAUCAUCAGGAUGCCCAGUGCCAAAUGGGAACCGCCACGCUGCAGAAAUAGCCAAUAUGGCGCUGGACAUCCUGAGUGCGGUGGAUACCUUCAAGAUGAAGCAUAUGCCAGAGGUGCCUUUGAGGAUACGCAUCGGCAUACACACAGGUUCAUGUGUGGCUGGAGUUGUGGGCUUAACAAUGCCGAGGUACUGCCUGUUUGGAGACACCAUCACCACUGCCUCCAGAAUGGAAUCAACCGGAAUGCCCCACCGAAUCCAUAUUCACAGCAGCACAGUUCAGAUCCUCCUGAGUUUAAAGCAAGGCUACAAGGUGGAGUUAAGAGGCAAGGUAGAAUUAAAGAACAAGAUACCGGAAGAGACGUACUGGCUGAUUGGAAAGGAUGGCUUCACCAAACCUCUCCCUGGAACAGGAACUGGCCAGAAGGAUUUGAAGCUGCUUCUCCAUAAAGCGGUCAGGAAGAUCUCCACUGUGCGUCAGGUGGCUCUACUUGGCAUGAUGGAUGAAGGCAAUGUAAUGAUGCACCACCACUAACGCCCGUUCCACCACGUUGGUUGCUGGACCGUUUCACCUCUAUCGGGAGGAUUAUGACUGGAAUGCUGAGUUGGAAUACAGGCAUUCCAUUCCAUGAACACUUAAGAACAAGUCCACACAGGAUCUAAGGUUGACAGUUUUCUUGGCUGGUCAGAUUUUGUUUCAUUGUCAUGCUCUAAUGUUAUAGGCGGGAAAUCUGGGGGAAAGGCUGGUAUAAUGUUGUUGGACAUGGCAAGAUUAAAGAAGAACUCAAAAAACACACAUUCAUUGUUGUGAACAUCUCUGUUCACAACAAUGUCUCUCUGAGAUGUCUGAGAGAGCCGACAGUCCAGCAAUGUGCAAGGAGAUUAGCGGCUGGUUUUCAAAUAUGGAACACCUUUGGAGGCGACGUCACAAGAGCAGCUAAAAUUACCCUGUGGGAUUUGAUGACUCAGCAAUGGGUGGAUCAGAUUUGUCGGGACGACCAAUCAGAGAGGGUCAGAUAAGGAAGACCAAUGAGAGAGAGAGGUUUUGUUCAAUGCUCAUAAUGCACCUAACUCCUGUGGGUUUAGUUCUUAUUCCUCUUAAUAUUAUUUUUCUACAUUUCACUUUUUGUCACUGGUAUACAGUGCCGGUCAACAUCAUUCCUGGUGUAUGAAGACUCAGAUCAAAGCCACAACAGUCUCUCUCUCUCCCUCUCUCUCUCUCUGUCUUUUUUUUCUCUCUCUGUCUUUUUCUCUCUCUCUCUCUUUCUCUCUCUUUUUCACUCUUUCACAUACUGCAUGGAGUCUACAGAGAGAAAACAGAGAAGCACUGGGGGUCUUCUCAUUUGGUACAGAGGCAUCACACCAGAAACUAGUGAUUUGUGCAGUGCCUAAGUGAUUCUUUGUGUGACUUUUUGUCGUUCUUAAAUAGUGUGUCUAUAUACUGCAUAUGUUCAAUAACGUCAACUUUGACUGACACUUCCUGCCUUGAAUGGCACCAAAUAUUAUCUCUGUUAUAAUUAUGGUUAUAUUUCUCAUAUUUUUAAAAAGUUAGUGAUAGCCCUAUAUACAAAUCAUCCAAUGAAUUGAGAGUAUGGCCCUUAUCUUCUGUAAAUUUGAUUACUUUAAUUUUCGGUGUUAUUUUCAUUGAUGCAUAAAUGAAAUGGGUAACGAUGGCCACGGUCAAAUGUCAAAGUAGAAACUAAGUCUAUUUCAUAAUCCAACAAGGGCAUGGAUGAGCAACAAUGGGGCUACAUGAGCAUUCAUACCAGUCCAUUUUCUGGUAUAUUUUAACACAAUCCCGUUACUUGAUGGAAUAGAUUUUUUUAAAUGUAGGAAAAUGUAGAUGCACAUUUUGGACCCCAAAUGUUGCUACCUAUAUAAAAUAAGUACACUGUUCAUAAUAAUAAACUGUUAAUAUCGUCAAUAAUUUUUUUUUGUUUUCCGUUCAUGUGAAUGGCGAACGUCAAAUUGGCGUUUUGUAUUACUGCAA